UAAAAAAGAGUCAGCAGAGAGUGGGGUUGGGUCUCAUUGCUGCUCUAAGCAGGAAAAGCCUCAGUCUGACUUCAUGGUGAAGCGAUAACCUGGACUCCUAUUUCCCCUAUUCUUCCCUUUUAUUUUGCACAUAAGAACGGCUCAUGUCUUUGAUAUAGGCACGAUGAGAUUUAUGCCUUUUAGGACUGUGCUGUUCCUGGCUUUAUCUGUGGCUUUUUUACAACUUGUGAAGUGCCAAGAUGACAACGGUGAUGAUGAGCUGAGCUGCAUAGAGAACGGGCAGGUGUACACAAACAGAGACAUCUGGAAACCCGAACCAUGCAAGAUAUGUGUUUGUGACAGCGGGACCAUCUUGUGUGAUGAUGUGCAAUGCGAUGAAGUGUCUAACUGUGAAAAGGUAACCGUCCCAGACGGAGAGUGCUGUCCUGUCUGUCAGAGUGGUUCACCAGAUACCAGCGGCAGACCGGUAGACAGAGUUGCCAAGGGUCAGAAAGGGGAACCUGGUGAUGUCCCAACUAUUAUUGGAAUAAGAGGUCGUCCUGGACCAAUGGGACCUCCGGGAUCGUCAGGGUUUAGAGGAGACACCGGACCCAAGGGUCGACCUGGUCUGAGGGGACCCCCAGGAUUUGACGGAGAGCCUGGUAUUCCCGGACAGCCAGGAGAGCCGGGACCACCAGGACAUUCGCCAGGAGGUCAGCUGGCCUCACAUAUGGCUGGGGGAUUUGAUGACAAAACAGGAGCUCAACAUGCCAUGAUGCCUGGAGUUCGUGGGGAGGCAGGACCAAGAGGGCCACCUGGACCAAAUGGGUCACCAGGGGUGCCAGGACCACAGGGACCUCAUGGUGAUGUAGGUGAUCCAGGGCCAAUGGGUGGCUCAGGCCCAAGAGGUCCCGAGGGUCCUCCAGGAAAACCCGGUGAGGAUGGAGAACCAGGAAGUGCAGGAGGUGGUGGAGAAAUAGGAUUUCCUGGAUCUGCGGGAGCAAGAGGGUUUCCAGGGACACCAGGGCCUCCAGGCUUAAAGGGCCACCGAGGACAUGAAGGUCCAGCUGGUGUCAAAGGUGAACGUGGAGCUCUGGGAUCAAAGGGUGAAUCUGGUGGAUCCGGUGCAAUGGGUGCCCCUGGACCUAUGGGUCCUAGGGGAAUGCCAGGAGAGAGAGGACGCCCAGGAGCGGGUGGGACACCGGGUACACGUGGUGUUCAAGGAAAUGUUGGCAAACCAGGUCCAAUGGGUCCGUUGGGAUUAAGUGGUGCUCCAGGGUAUCCAGGAGGUCCAGGUAUGAAGGGUCAAGCAGGACCCACAGGUGUAAGGGGACCAGAGGGACCACAGGGACAAAGAGGAGAGACAGGACAUCAAGGGAGACAGGGACCAGCUGGCAAUAUUGGGACAAUGGGUACUGAUGGGGGCCCUGGUGCUAAAGGUCCAGUGGGAAAUGCUGGUCCUCAGGGUCCUGUCGGUCUGCUUGGCCCACCUGGACCACCAGGACCUCAGGGAAGCACAGGGCAGCCUGGGAUCAAAGGUCAAGGGGGAGAUGUUGGUGUACCUGGAUUUAAAGGAGAGGCUGGACCCAAAGGAGAACCUGGCCCACCUGGAGCACAAGGUGUAAUUGGACCUCAGGGUGAGGAGGGAAAACGGGGACCCAGAGGAGAUUCUGGUUCUAUUGGCCCACCCGGGCCUGUUGGUGAGAGAGGGGCUCCUGGAAACCGUGGCUUCCCCGGUCAAGAUGGCUUACCGGGUCCAAAGGGUGCACAAGGUGACCGUGGAAUUACAGGAACUUCUGGACCUAAAGGCUCUAGUGGAGAUCCAGGGAGAACAGGAGAACCGGGUCUACCGGGUGCAAGAGGUUUGACAGGAACGCCUGGAGUGCAGGGGGCCGAAGGAAAGCCAGGACCACUGGGUGCUCCAGGUGAGGAUGGGCGUCCAGGACCUGCAGGGUCAACUGGAACAAGAGGUCCAGCUGGACAAAUGGGAUUAAUCGGUCCAAAGGGUUUUAGUGGAGAUCCAGGAAAGGCAGGUGAGCAGGGAUCUGCAGGAGUGCCUGGACAGAGGGGUCCACCUGGAAAAGAUGGAGAAGUAGGCCCAGCUGGACCACCAGGUCCACAUGGUUCAGCAGGUGACAGAGGUGAACAAGGACCUCCUGGAAUGCACGGUUUCCAGGGAUUGCCAGGACCAGCAGGUGCUCCAGGAGAGGGAGGAAAACCUGGCGAUCAGGGUAUCCCUGGAGAAGGUGGACCUGUAGGCCAAAUUGGACCAAGGGGUGAACGUGGAAUUCCUGGAGAAAGAGGAGAACUUGGGCCUAAUGGUCUGCCAGGAGCCAAAGGUAUCCCAGGAGCACCUGGUCCAGAUGGCCCGAAGGGCAGUCCAGGACCUCCAGGUAAUGUGGGUGAUUUAGGCCCUCCUGGUCUGCAGGGUAUGCCUGGUGAAAGAGGGAUCUCUGGGCCACCAGGUCCAAAAGGAGAUAGAGGAGCUGUUGGUGAGAAAGGAUCUGAGGGCACACCGGGAAGCGAUGGUGCAAGGGGUUUAACAGGCCCAAUUGGCCCUGCAGGACCCCAUGGUCCAAGUGGUGAAAAGGGAGAACCAGGCCCUAAGGGACCACCAGGACCUCAAGGAUCAAGAGCAAUGCCAGGUUCCCGUGGUGAACCUGGGCCAAUUGGCGCUGUAGGCUUUCCAGGACCAAUCGGUCCUGAUGGUCAGCCUGGUGUGAAAGGACCACCAGGAGAGCCUGGACAAAAGGGUGAUGCUGGAUCUCCUGGCCCUCAAGGGUUAGCUGGUCCUCCAGGGUCACAGGGUAAAUUUGGUGUGGCUGGACCAAAAGGAGGAAGAGGUACACAGGGGGCACCUGGCCCAACAGGUUUUCCUGGAUCAGCUGGAAGAGUUGGCCCACCUGGCCCAACGGGCCCUCUUGGUGAGCCAGGUCCACUUGGUCUCCCAGGUAAAGAAGGUCCACGUGGUCUUCGAGGAGAUCAUGGACCUCCUGGACGUUAUGGAGAGAGAGGUCAACCUGGACCUGCUGGAAGCCCUGGAGACAAAGGAGAUUCUGGAGAAGAUGGCCCACCGGGCCCUGAUGGUCCACCAGGACCUGCUGGAACAACAGGGCAGAGAGGUAUUGUAGGCCUUCCUGGUCAAAGAGGUGAACGUGGAAUGCCGGGACUUCCUGGACCAGCUGGUCCUCCAGGAAAACAGGGCUCAGCAGGAUCCCCAGGAGACAAAGGACCCUCUGGCCCAGUUGGGGUGCCUGGAGCUAACGGACCUCGUGGUGAUCCUGGACCUGAUGGACCUGCUGGAUCUGAUGGCCCACCAGGAAAGGAAGGACUCAUAGGAGAACGGGGUGAUCGAGGAGAUUUAGGCCCAGAAGGUUUGAUUGGACCUAGAGGAUUACCUGGUCCUCCUGGUCCUGUUGGUGCUACCGGUGGUGUUGGAAAACGAGGAGAGUCUGGUUCAAGAGGUCCUGCAGGCCCACCAGGUCCUGCUGGAAAGCGAGGACUCACAGGACCACAAGGACCAAGAGGGGAUAAGGGAGAUUUGGGUGACCAUGGUGAAAGAGGACAGAAGGGUCAUAGAGGAUUUGCAGGUUUGCAGGGUCUUCCUGGACCGCCUGGCACAACUGGUGAACAGGGACCCCCAGGCAUUUUUGGUCCAAGUGGUCAAAGGGGACCGCCUGGGCCCAUUGGACCUCCAGGAAAGGAAGGGGGCGCUGGACUGCCUGGACCAAUAGGACCUCCCGGUUCAAGAGGAACAAGUGGUGACAUGGGACCAGAGGGACCUCCUGGAGAACCCGGACCUCCUGGUCCUCCUGGUGCUCCUGGUCCUCCCAUUGCAGCUAUGGAAGACUUCUUUGGUGGUCCUCAAGAUUAUGAUGCUGGUCCUCCACCCCCAGAGUUCAGUGAGGAUGAAGCUAAUCCCCAAAGUAACUCAACCAGCGUGUUCCAGGCUGACCCUGGAGUUCAGGCUACAUUGAAGGCUCUGAGCAGCCAGAUUGAUAGCAUGCGUAGCCCUGAUGGUAGUAGGAAGCAUCCUGCCAGAACUUGCGAGGACCUGAAACAAUGCUACGCUGAUAAAAAGAGUGGUGAAUACUGGGUGGAUCCAAACCAGGGAAGUUCAGAGGAUGCCAUUAAAGUUCAUUGCAAUAUGGAUACAGGAGAGACAUGCAUCUCUGCAACUUCCUCCAGCAUCCCUCGCAAAUCGUGGUGGAGUUCCCCGGGAAAUAAACCAGUGUGGUUUGGAGCCAAUAUGAAUGGUGGAACCCAUUUCACCUACGGGAACAAAGAUCAGCCAGCCAACACUGUCACAGUUCAGAUGACUUUCAUCCGUCUGCUCUCUAAAGAGGCUUCACAAACCAUCACUUACCACUGCAAGAACUCCGUGGGCUACAAGGACGAAUCAACCGGAAACCUCAAGAAGGCAGUGAUACUCAAAGCUUCAAAUGAUGUCGAGCUCAAAGCUGAGGGAAAUAACCGCUUCAGAUACACUGUGCUUGAGGACAGCUGCUCAAAAGCAAACGGUAAGUGGGGCAAGACCGUUUUUGAAUACAGGACCCAGAAAACAGCACGGUUACCUAUUAUGGAUAUUGCACCUGUGGACAUUGGAGGUCGAGAUCAGGAGUUUGGCAUUGACAUCGGGCCUGUUUGCUUCUUAUAAAUCAAGGAGUAGCAUUGAUGCAUUGAAGAAAAUCCUCAGACUUUUAAAGUGACUGCUGACAAGAUCAGCCUUGUACAUACAGAGCAUUGGACUUUUCUGGCCCCGUAGUGAGAUAUUUAUUGUGCCUUCCAAGAAAACAACAGCUCAACAAGGUUAAUACAGAUUUGAUCCCUUACAAUCCAUCAACUGCUGUUUUAAAUUGUGAUGGCCAUUGCUUUAAAGUAACAGUAAUGAUGCUACACACUGUACCAACAUUAUAGAUGUUAUUAAAAACAUUGGAUUUGCCUGUUUUUGUUAAAGUAUGUCGUUUUAUUUUUACAAACAAACAUGGUGCUAUAGAGGAAGUUUGUAGUGUUUUACCCUGGUACAUCCACAUUGUAAUUUUGAAUAGCUGACAAUUAAAGAUGAAAUUGUUUAUUCAUAAGUGCAAGCUACCUCGUUUCUACAAACUGGUAAACGCUGACGACAGACUUGCUGUACAUGAAUACUGAUAAGGAGCUGUAUGAAUUGUAUUUCACCCAUGAAAACGUACAAAGCAGGGUAAGGAAAUGCAAAUAAACUUAAGUCCAUCUCAGACUCCAAUUAUUAAAAGGUGCAUGUGUUUCUCUUCCUCAAUACAAAAAUAUAAAACCAGUGCAGGUGAAAUGUUUUACAGAUUGCUUUAUCUAAAAAAUGUCCCAUUUACGCUGUUAGUUUUUUAUUCUAAAAGCUUUAAGGCACAAUGUAGUGAAAUGCAGGUGCAGGUAUAAAUACAAUUUCUUUAGUUCAACGUCUUUGGGUUGUUAUAUUUCCAAAGCAUGCAGGGAUACCCAUCAUUCUUUCACUUUUUGUUUAAUUAUUAUUUUAUCUGAUUAGCAUUUAUCAUUUUAAAGCCAUUGGCUUAAAGCUAAUCUCAUGUAUUUGCUUUGCAAAUUAAACAUGCCUAUUAUCAUUUUUAUUGAA